CUCAGCUCAGUGAAGUCAUGAACCAUCGUGAACGCGGGUCAUGGCGUAUGUUAAUGUGGCCGAGUGGAAAACAGAUCAAGUGUGUGAAUGGUUAAAAGGACUAGAAAACUCGGUUUUGCCAUACGUCCACAGCUUUUGCAACCACAACGUGAAUGGACAGCAAUUGCUUAAUCUGAGACCCGAGGACUUGGACCAGCUCGGAGUCUCGAAACUCGGUCACCAAGAAAUAAUUCUCGAGGCAGUCGAGUACCUCAGAAACUUCCAUUAUGAGCUGGACCGCGAAAAUCUUCAGCUUCUCUCCCUGCGUCUUUCCUGCCUCGCUCACAGCCUUUUCAAUGAACUGUCGCGACAAACGGACUCACAACCAGUCUCAACUCAAACUCUGGCUGACGUAGCUUCUAUAGUUUCGGCGGUUAAACCCCUGGCUUGUUGGCUCGAUCGUCCACCCUUUAGUGGACAACUCGAGUACAAUGACAAGAAAACGGAAAUGCUCAAACUGUCAUUGGAAAUGGCGACCUGUGCUCAAAGGGAUCGAUUUGCUGAAAAGCCGAUUGAAGAAAUUCGAACGACUUGUGGCCAAAUGGCGAAAUUGGCAGACUACAUUAUUCAGGACAUUGCUGAUCCGAUGAUUUUACAACCUGCGAGUUUGGAUCUGGCGACUUUGAAGAAAAGACCUGGCGACGACUUGGGUUUUAAUAUCCUCCCAUCCUUUCACGGAGCCCAUCAAAUCCACGAGAUUAAAUUUGGAUCAGCUGCACACCAGUGUGGAAAAAUGGAAGAGGGCGACGAAAUCGUCCAGGUAAAUUAUCAAACAGUCGUCGGAUGGGAACGAAAAAACGUUCUCGAAUUAUUCCGCGAGAGUCCAGCCGAAGUUCUCCUGACUCUAAAACGCAGACCCCGUCACACAAAAGUUUAUGGUCAAAUUUAUAUAAAACCCUAUCGGCUUCCGAGCAACAAAAAAACGCCUUACACGUCACGCUGGCACCACAAUCUUCCCUCGCCUCGACCCGAAUUACUAACCAUCCCCGAUUUCACAAUGCCACUUCCACGAAAUACACCAAAAGACAAUUCUUCAAAUCGUCCCGAGCCCGUUUUAAUCGACACUGUCGACAUGCUCGAUAAUUUGCCAACCGACAGCAGCGAUUCCGAUUCCGAAAUCGAACCACCUUCCUCAGUUAGGCUCUAUCUCGCCAAACCUCGAAAUACUGUCCAAAGAAGAGCCACUAUAACUGGCGCGAGUCCCACCACAAAACACGGAAUCGACAUUGAACGUUUUUGGCGCGAAUUGAAACAAGAGCACAGCACCAGUUUUCAAUUGAGGGACAAAGCCGCUUCUUGUGCUCACGGCCUCAAUAAUGUUCCGUCGAAUCUCCGCCCGCAAACUUGUCUCGGCAUUGAGCAGAGGAAGAAACGACACAGCCGAAUUGAGGAGAAGAAGGUGCAGUUUCAGGAGGAGAAAGAAAAGGAGGAGAAGGAUUGUGAUAAUAACAAAGUGUCUUUUGAUAAAAGUAAUUCCGAUUCCAAACCCGAUGCUGAAUCCAAACCCGAUUCUGAUUCUAAAACGAAUUCUCCAGAUGAGAAUUUGGAGCCGCGGCGCGAAAGGGGAAGACUUGACAAAAGCCAGAGUACUCCGGCCUACGAUUUAAAUUCGGAAGAUAAUUUCGAGCAGCAGUUGGACUCUUCCAUUUCCAAGAGCGACGAAGAAAACGUGGCCAAGUUUCGCGACUCGGGUGAAGUAAAAAUUGUGGUUGGAAGUGUCGUGAAAAAAAUUCACGAGAUCGAGAAGCAUUUGAUGCAGUCAAGCGAGAAAAUCUACACGCCGAAAAAUCCGGGCAAGAAGAGUCCGAAUCAUGGAAACGUGAGUAACUCGAGUGAAGAUUCGUUCUCGAAAGAAAAGGAGAAAGAAGAUGAAGAUAAGUCGGAAGAGGAUGCUGUUGAAGAUGUAAAAGUGUUGGAAGAGAAAACCACAAAGACUGAAGACAAGGAUGAGCUUUGCCCUGACAAGGAAACAAGUUUGAAUCAAGACACGAAGAGUUCAGAAGUUGAGGCACCUACAGCAUCUCGAGAUUCUUUGAAGAAAAAGUCCCCACCAGAAGUAAAACCAAAACUCGUUCCACCGGAACCGCCGCCACGGAAGUAUUUUUCAAAGCCGGCAGCUCUGAAUCUGAAUCCAAGUCCUCAGCCCCAGGAAAAGCCGAAAGUUCCCGAGAGGCAGAUUGUCAAAAAGGAAGAGGCUCCGAAAAAGGAAGAAAUUCUCGAUAGAAGGAGGAGCGGUGUUGAGACAUAUUCCGAAUUCGCAGACAAGUCGAAUGAUUUCAUAGACGAGGAUUUGCGAAUUGACGCCUACGGCUACUCGAAGAUUUACGAUUCCUAUUCCAAAGAUGAGAAGCUCUUUCAUGAUAGGUAUGAGCCCUUCGAGAGGAUUCUUGAAAGACCGGAUAUUUUCGAUUCGCCGGACGGCGUUGCUUGUUCAAAACAGACGUUGGAGAAGCCGAGGACUUUGGAAAAAGAUCGGGGAGUCGUGAAUCGAGCGAUGAUGGUCGCGAGGAGUAUUGGGCUGCAUUCGAAAACUCUAGGAAGUCCGAAAAGUUCAAGAAAGAGGAAUAUAGCGCUGGCUAAAAGGCGACAUGUUUCGGUGAAGGAAAUAGGUCCCGGGGAUUUGGAUGGAUUUUUGACGUAUCGAUCGAGAGGCGCGGGAGGCGCUUGGGCGAAAGCUUGGUUUGUUUUGAAAGGACACUCGCUUUUUCGAUUCAAAAAUCAGGACAGUACCAAGGCGGAUUGUCUGAUUUCUCUGACCGGAUUUACGGCAUCGCAAGCCUCGGAGGUGAAGUCGCGGAAGUUUGCUUUCAAAAUUUACCACACUGGGACAGUUUUUUAUUUUGCGGCUGACACUGAGGAUUCGCUGAUGACUUGGUUGGAUGCGGUGAGCAAAACUACUUUGGGCGCUGACACUGUUGAUAGGACGAGUGGAUUGUUUAGCGAAACGGAUGAGAGUGAUGUGGAGGCAAAAGGAAAGAUGAAAAGUUCGGAUGUGAAGGAUAGUAAGGGGUUUGGAUCUUUGAAGAAAGGUGGGAAGAAGGAGCAGAAUUUUAAGGAACAGCCGCUACCAACAGGGGCGAGUUUGGAUCGGAAGUAUUUGAAGUUUUUGGGAAAGAGUCAGAAUGUUCCGGUGCCGACGGCCCAGUUCAGAAGUUACAGAAGGGUUCUUCCCAAUUCGACGCCUAAUCGGAAACAAGAUUCGGCUCCGCUAUCAACCGAAUUGCCAGUUACGGUUGCUGGGAGUACUUUUUAUGGAUUGAAUGCGUCUAGAAGUGCGAAUGAUGUGCCGAGUAGUAGCCAAGAUAUGGGAGAUUAUCGUCGUACUUCUGACAGAUUUUCAAGAACUCGACGGAACGACGAACUCCAAGGCUUCAUAACCUUGGAGGAGUUCAUGCUUGCUCGUCAGGACGAGGACCAACGAGGAACACCAUCUCCACGUUUUACUCCCCUAACGAGCGACCAUGUUCACAUCCAACAUCGAACAUUCGAUAAUCUUGAAAGUGCAAGAAUGCGAUUUGUCCGCGACAUUCCGAACAACAAUGGCGUCAUCUACGGAUUUCCGAAGAACUAUGACGAGAGCUCGUCGACGAGCGGAAGUUCCUACGGAAUGCAGACUCCUACCCACACUUUUGAACGGCGAACAAGCGAGCGCUCGAGUCGCGAAACGCGAGAUUCAAUUGAGAUGAAAGGAUCAUCGUCGGCUCCGCGAACUUUGAACUGCAUGCGAAAGAAGAAAUCUUCGGACGGGGCAUAUUAUGAUAGUCGGCAGGAUAAUCGGAUCAAUUUGGAGCAGCAAAAUCGCUCGACUUCGCCACGAGGAGGCGCUCAUGGCCAAAUUAAUCCGGCGGAUUAUGGCUGCGAGUAUAUUGGCACCGAGUUCAGAGUCGAGAGGAAUAAUUUCACAGAGAUGGGAUUCAGCCAGAGGAGAAUCGCCAGGAAUGAUGUUUACUCUGGAUCGAGCGGAGAUUUGGCAUGUCAUGCUUCGUCGGAUACCCUACAAGUUCCAAAAGCUUCAGUGAGUCGAAAUGGAAGUUUCAAUUUGGCGGAUUGUCGCCGGGACAGAAAUCAAGAUAAGAAAUUGAGCAGAUUCGACAGGAACAGAUUAAAGCAUGUGGCGCAGUAUCAACCUCCGCCAAUUCCAAAUUCGCCCUUCGAACAAGAGGGGAUGAAAGCGGCUUUCGAGAUGCAUCUUGAUAAGGGAGAAGACGUGCAAAAGAGGAACAAGUUGAAGAAUUUCUUCAGCAACAGGAGUCCGCAGAAGCCGAGCGCACUGGAAAUUCCGAAGGAACCUCAAAAAACGUUGCUCGGUUCGCCAAGACUUCACCGAGCACUCUUCAGAGAUAAAGCCGCCACCCAGCCUAAAAUGAAGAGAUCUGGAAGCCAAAGUCCCGGAGAUAGUGGAAUCAGCCAAUCUCUGAGUUCGAGUAGCGCGAGUCAGUCGCAAACUUUAAGUCAUAGUUUCAGUUCUGUGAGUUCUGCAAGUGACUGGAGUCCAGAAGCUGCUGCAUCUCAUGGACCAAAGUGCUCAACGGGCCACGGAUGUCAAAAACGUUCCUCAAACUCGAGGAACUUCACGUCGCCACCAACACUGCCUUAUAUUCCUCCCCCAACGUCUCCGCCUCCAGAUUAUCCGGGUCUUGAAUACCCACCCGUUUUCGAACCCGGAACAUAUUCCCUUUCAGACGCGUCUCUCCUACGAAAUCGUAACAGCAGCAAAAAUAGUUGAACUUUUAUUUGCUCCUUGAAUUUUUUGAGUCCCAAUUGUUUUCUCCGACCGAAAAAUUUAAUCUCUAAUGGAUUCUAAAAAUUAAUUAAUUAACGAAUAAUAGGGAUUCUUGCCAUCAGUAUCAAUCCAUAAUAAUAAUAAUAAUAAAUAAUAAAAUUUUAAUUUUAUUAUCUACGUCCGCCUCUGUCGGAGGAAAAUCACAGUAACCGUCCAUUUCUGUGCCUGUACAAACAAACAAAAAACUCGACAUUGCGAUCGAUUCUUCGGUUUCUCGAUAGUUCGAUUGUUCGAUUUUUCGAUUGCGAAUCGAAAGUCACCUUUGUAACCAAAUGAUAUUUAUUUUUAGGCGCCUUACGAUCGCCAUACGUUAUAUUUUAUAUUUAACUAACAAUAAUUCUAACAAAUUAAUAAAUAGCGAAUAAGUUAAAUAAAUACUAGGCGCGAUUUACAGGGUAGAAGGUUCGAAAUUAAAGGAUGAGUCGCCUUGCAGAUUAAAAAAGCGGAUUUUCGAUACUGUUAAUCUCUCAAUGUUUUAAGGGGGGAAAAAAAGAAAAAAAAAAGCGAGGAUGUGAUAAUUUUAUUAAAAUUGUGCUCAAAUCACAAACACAAGCUCUUCAAAAUAUUUAGGAAAUCGUAAGGAAUCUUUUAGAGUUUUUAGAGUAAAAAAUUGAGUUUCUAAUUGGGCGAUAAAAAAGCAAUUUAAAGUUCGGGACAAGAAAUCAAGUGUUGAAAGGAAAAAUUAAUACGAAUAAUAAUUCUAGAAAUGAAGACUGCUGAAUAUAUAAAAAAAAUAUUUAAUAUAAAUAAUUAAAUUUGAAAGACUGCACAUCCGCUUGAUAAUUCUGAAGACGACUCUCGUUGCGCAAAUUGUUAACUAGUAUUACUAUUUUUAUACACGAUUUUCCUUCGAUAUAAUAGGAAAAAACGACAAUUAAUAUUAGAAUAAGAAAGAAUUUUUUUUUGUUUUUGUUUAAUAUCGAUUUCUUGGUCUUCCAUUCUCGAAUCGAAAUGAUUCAUUUGUUUAAACUUUUAAAGCAAUAUUGUAAAAGUUUUACGAGAUAACGCACGAAUUUAAAAUGUUGUUUUAAAUGUAGAAAUUAAGAAAAUUGGCAGUGGCUUUCGGAUAAUUACGAUCGCUUGUUGUAGGUUUUGAAAUUUUAUAAUAUACCUAUCAAAUUACUAGCUGUAGAUGACAAUUGUACAUGAAAGAAAUUUAGAAAUGCUUUUUAUAUACGCACCGAAGUUGAGAUUCAAAGUGCACUUUUAUAUAAAGCCUUUAUUAUAAUACGUAAUAUUUAAAUUAUAAAAUCUCGAUCGAGAAUUUUGAUAUCAGCGUUCACGACAAUUAGAAUAAUUUCUUGUAAUUGCGAUUUGUAAAUAGUAUUAGUAGAAGAACAUCGCACGGUUUUUUAGUAUUGUUGAAUUUUGUGCCAGAAUA